AUGGCCCGCGCCCCGUCCGGUAACUUCACCUCGACAACUGACGACCAUGCAGGCGUCUGCAAAGACAACAGGCUGACCAGCAUUUGCGUUCCAACGCGCCAUCCGGCCACGUCCAUCAACGCCGGACCUGUCACCGGUAGUGCAACUGUCGGCGCCCCAAGCAAGAACCGCGCGAUGGCCUGGCUCGUCAGCACCCGACUCAACCGGCUCGUGACCUGCUUCAACUCUGCGCUGGUUGGUGUCAUGGUCACCUCUUCGGCUGCGGUGGGAUACCGGUGCCAGAACGACUCAUUCCCAAACGCCAUCGGCACGCCCCAGAACGGCUUCGGCGUCCCCAGCCAUGCCUGGUACUCGGCGAACCGGUCUAGCCGCACCGAGAUGUCCUCGACCGUGCCGGCGCAGUCGUCACAUCCGCAGCAGCCGUACGUCGCGUUGCACGAGGAUGAUGUCCGCGCCCGCCGCGUACUCCGCGUAGUAGAAGUCGAAGCAGUUCAGGCACAGCGACACCGGGUGCCAUGGGUCCAGCGUCUUGAUCAGCUCGUACGUCGUCCGCGUCGCGUUCAGCGCAUCGCCCUGGCCGUCCGGCUCGUCGCCCGUAUACCAGAGCAGCAGGCUAGUGCGCGUCUUGAGCCGCUGAACCUGGUCGGUGACGGCAGUCAGGUUCGUGUACGUCCAGCGCAUAUCGUACAUCACCCACAGCCCGAGCUCGUCGCACUUGUCGAGGAAGAGGUCCAGCUCGGUGAAGUUGAAGGCCUGGUUGGCAAGCCCGGCAUUGGGCACAAUGUGGAUGAUGUUGUAGCCCUGGUCCUUGAAAGUCUGUACAUUGCUCAGCGACUUCUCCAGCCACCCGUCCCAGCUCACGUAGAACGAGUACGGGAGGAGCGGCGUCCAGCCUGA